AUGACGCCUGAGCGCCGCAGCGCCAUUUUGUCUGCGUACUUCCGACCAUGGACAUUGGUGUGCAAGUACGGAUCUUCUCGGGGGCCUGUUCCGCUAGCGAAGAAUCUGAACUUGCCGCCCAAGCGCCAGCGCUGUGGGAGGAGCGCGCCGAGCUUCCGAGUAGCCCUCAAGCACUACCUUCGCGGCCACAUCGUCUCGCCGUCCAACCGCAUCCUGUGGGCGAACGUGCUCCGCACCAUGACGACGAUGCCGGAGAACGCCGACGAGGGCGAGGACGACCAGGACUCGAAGCCGGUGGAGGCGCUACCCGAGAACGCGUUUCCGGUCCUCAGCCCCAGCAGCAUCAUGGCAGAGUUACGGCGAGUAGACCGAGACGCCGGGGCAGAUGCCGCUGGCGAGGACAUUGGGAACCUCUCCCAUUCGGUGCACAAAGCGCUGGAGCAGAGCAUGUCCUUCUGGGACCCGCCGAACAGGGAGCCACCGCGGAAGAUUGCGCGCUCCAAGAUGCGGGAGAAGCUGUACCCUGGCGACGCUGACCUGACAAGCAACAUCCAGAGACUGCAGACGCACCAGAUCACCCCCGACCCGCAGCAGAUGAGCAUCCUGGACGCCGUCGCCGACAGGUGCGUCCAGGAGGCCCGCGAGCAGGACCAGCUGCGCGGAUCGCCAUGCUCCCGGCUGUUCGUUCUCGGCCUGCCGGGUUCAGGGAAAUCGGAGGUCAUCCGGUGGCUGUGCGAGGAGGGCGUGGGGCUGUUCCCCACGUGCAUGGGAUGGGAACACGAGGUGCACUUCAUCAAGACCGCCCCCAUGAAUUCCAUGGCGAGCAACAUCGGUGGGCGAACCAUCCACAACUUCAGCAAGCUCGGAAUCGACCUCAUCACGGGAGUCCAGUCCGGCGGGAAGAAGGACCCGGAGUUGUCGGAGAACAUGCUGCACACGAAAAUCCAGCACAUGCGCUGGCUCAUCAUCGACGAGGUGGAGAACGUUUCGGUGGAGUUGCUGGACGCCGUGCACAGGCAGGUGAAGGACUCGACGAGGGACAAGGGAAACCCCUGGGCCGUGGACGCACGCGUUCCAAAACAGUUCGCCAUGUUCGGAGGGCUCAACCUGGUGCUGCUCGGGGACUUAUGGCAGAUACCGCCCGUCAGGAGUCUCAGUAUUGCCGCCAACCCAUUUGUCAAGAGACCCGCCAACGUCGGCCGCAUACUGGAGAUGUUCUGGACAGAGGGCUUGCCGCACCCGGUGACUAACCGCUACGCCCUGGCCCAGUCGCACCGCUGCUCAGACGUGUGGUGGAGAAGCUUUCUCGCCGAAGCGCGCGCUGGGAAUCUGUCGGACAGGAUGUACGAUUUCGUCCACGGCUUCCCCACUGAUGUGCCCGGCUCCUGGAUGCCCGCAAGCCCCGGCAGCGCCGAGGCCUCGACGGGGCACUUCGGCUGCGGGAAGGCGAAGUGCCGCGCGCUCUGGUCAGUUGAGUGGCCACGGAUGUUCGGAGAAGGUCGGGCCUGGGAGGACAUGAAAUCCCUGGAGUGCGCUGAGUGCAGCGCGGAACGCCAUCGGCGCUGCGGCGUCGCCUCUCAGAGCGAUGCCAGACAGCGGGAGGUGAGCACGGCGUUCGCGGACGCGCUGUUCGUGCACCCGUACAACGCCCCGAAGAGCAGGAUUCUGACGCUGCGAGCGGCGAAUGCAGCAGCCAAUGCUGGGAAGCAGCUCCUCUGGGUGGUGGCGCGCGAUGUCCCCCUCACUCGGGACGACGCAUGCAGGUCGACGGAGUCGCUCUCCCACGCCAGGCAGAACUGGCUCAUGUACCCCGAGAACAAGACUGGCGGAGUUCCGGGUGUGCUGCCGAUCUUCGAGGGGAUGCGGGCGCGGUUCACCGCCACGGAGAAUGCGGAGGCGGGAGCCUGCAAGCACUCCUGGGGUACCGUGACGGGCUGGGUCCUCCACCCCGACGACUCGAAGUUGGUGAAAGACCACAGGUCCGAGCCGGAGCUGGUCCUGCAGCACGUGCCCGAGGCGAUCAUGGUGCAAAUUCCCGGGAACACGGCGCCCCGCUUUGGGAAUCAGCCCGCGGGCGUCUUCCCCGUGAAGCAGAGGGAGGUGUCCUGGGAUCGCAGUCCCGGCUUCAAGGCCAUGGUGAAGCGCGCGGGGUUCCCGCUGGUCCCGCACUUCGCCGCCACGGCCCACUGCGUCACCGGCGCCACGCUGCCGCAGGCCAUUAUCGACCUCCUGGACGCGCGCACGACGCCCCGCGCAGCCAUGGUCCCCACGGGCUACGUGGCCAUCAGCCGCACCAGGAGGGCUGACGAUCUGAUCAUCACGCAGCCUUUUUCGCCCAUGCUUUUCCGCCAGGGGCAUCAGACGGGCCCAUGGCUCUUGCACUCCCUGACAGCCGGGGAGAUGACGACGGAGCAGGCGGAAGCCGGCUGGGCCAAGGCAGAGAAGGAAGCCGCGUCCAGGUCGUCCAAGAAGCUGGUGGACGUCACUUUCCAGCGCGCCGACUGCCACCAGCGGAAGAGAGCGGGCAACUUCCCAGGACGUGGCAUGAGAGCGAGCGACCCCGUGGAGCACGCCGUGGCAGUCCUGAGCCAGGGCGCGUGGAGGAGGUGCGCCCUCUGCGCGCAGAAGCAGGCCGGAAAGGAUGUGCAGAGGCCUGCCCCUCUGCCCGGCGAGCUCCGUUGCUUUGAAUGCGGCAAAGCCAGGCGCGUCUCGGAGUACGACAAGAAGAUGUUGGAGCAGUUGCGCUCAGAUGACGCCCUCGAGAGAGCGGUGUGCCUGGCGUGUCGCCCCGCGCAACUGCACCGGCCACCGUCGAGGACAGGUGCGCUGUACACGUGCUUCCAGUGCGGGGGCCUGAAGGGCAUGGAGCACUUUGACCUGGGCCGGCUGAAUAUGCAUGGGGGGCCCGAGUGCGUUGUGUGCAAGGAGUGCUUCGACCUGCGCAUGCGCCCUCCUUGCGGGAAGUGCGGGGCGAGGCCAGAGAGGAAUCUGCAUUACAGCCAGAGUAAUUACCAGUGUGAGGCCUGCAGAUUCCCGAAUUGCGACGUCUGCAAGGUAGUCCCGCGGCCGCGCAGCACGAAGUAUCUGGCGGCCAACAGGCCGUCGUGGACGUGCCCGGCGUGCCCGCGGGUCGGUCAGUGCGUGGCCUGUGGCGCCCCGUCACCAGACGCGGCCAAAACUGGUCGGCGUUCUGCGAACUGGGAAGGGCCGAGGUACACGUGCGACGCGUGCCUCUGGCCGCCAUGCAGCGCGCGCAAGAAGGCGCCGCGGCCGCACGACCGCCGGUGGACAGUUCGCGUUGCCCCGGACUGGAAAUGCGCAGAUUGCGCGAAGACGCGCAAGCGAGGGAAGAG